CCUCAAAGGCAGCUUCCGUCCUCCUGACCUGACUGUUGACAGUUACUAUUACUAAUUCUAACAACAACAUGGCCUAUCCAGGUGGCGGAUAUCCCGGAGGGUAUGGAGGAGCUCCAGGGGCCCCUGGCUACGGAGGAUUCCCCGGCCAGCAGCAGGACCCUCUCUUCGGGUACUUCACAGCUGUGGCUGGACAGGAUGGGCAGAUAUCAGCAGAGGAGCUGCAGCAAUGUCUUACCCAGGCUAACUUCUCUGGAGGAUACAAACCUUUCAACCUGGAGACGUGUCGCCUGAUGAUUGGUAUGCUGGACAGAGACAUGUCUUGCACCAUGGGCUUCAAUGAGUUCAAGGAGCUGUGGACCGUCAUCAACGGCUGGAAGCAGCACUUCAUGUCCAUCGACAGGGACCAGAGCGGCACCGUGGACCCCAACGAGAUGCACCAGGCCGUCACCUCCAUGGGCUACAGGCUGAGUCCUCAGGCCAUGAACUGUAUUGUGAAGCGCUACAGCACACAUGGCAAGAUCUCCUUCGAUGACUACGUGGCCUGCUGCGUGAGGCUGAGGUCCUUGACUGAUAUUUUCCGGAGGAGGGACCAGGCCGGGCAAGGAUCUGCUACAUUCCAGUAUGAUGAUUUCAUCCAGUGUACCAUGUCAUCUUGAAGAGGCUGGCGGUGUGGAAGGACAUGAUGCCUGAGGAGGCUGUGUGAAGGGACAUUUUAUUUACAGCCUUAUGUUACUACAUACAGAACAACAGGGUCAAAGACGUCCAAAAUGAAAUUGUCCUUCAGUGUAACGGAUACCUUCUGCUGACUGUAACUGUAAAAAAAAACAUGAUUUUUAAAUUGUUUCAAGUGAAUGGAUGACAGCCGAGGCUUUCAUGAAUUCACUGGAAAAAAUAAAUAAAUAAAAAGAGUCAUGUUUUUUACAGUUACAGUCAGCAGAAGGUAUCCGUUACACUGAAGGACAAUUUCAUUUUGGAUGUCUUUGACCCAACACCACUGACUGAUAUUAACCCAGUCUUUUAACUGUGUAUGGAAAACAAUAGCUACCACUAAUGAAUACAAUGUUUUUUGUUUUGUUUUGUACUUUUUUAAUCUCUUCUCUCUCACAGCAUGAAUUUGUAUUCAUCUCCAUUUGUACUCGUUUAUGUCCUUGGAAUCAAGUUGUUAUAUCACUUCAUGACUUCAAUGUGCCUACAGUAAUCCAAAGACUGUAUACGUCUAUGUGUAGAUUGUGUAAUAAAAAAAUGCACUGAACACA